GCCCAUGUGGAUGUUGCGAACUGUCAACAUUAUAUUGCUAUCAUCUCUGAGAGGAGGACGAGCCUCUUUGCUGCAACUGCCUUUGUUUUUCCUUCUUUGGAAGCUACACACCAUACACUAAUCAAGAUGAAGGUUGUCGGAUCUACCUGCGCCCUGAAGAGCAAGGUCGGCGGCGAGGACAUGGUGCGCUGCCUGUCCGAUCAGAGCCUGGCCAUCUCCAAAUGCAAGCACCCGCUGCUGGACGAGCAGAUGAACGUCUUCCUCCAGGACAUGAACAGCUGCUACAGCAAGCUGAAGGAGCUCGUGCCCACCCUGCCCACCAACAAGAAGGCGAGCAAGGUGGAGAUCCUGCAGCAUGUCAUCGACUACAUCUCGGACCUGCAGGUCGAGCUGGACGAGCCGGAGAAGAGCCGCCAGCACUCCGUCGGCGGCGUCCCCCGCACACCGCUGACCACUCUGAACGCAGAGAUCACCAGCAUCGCAGUCGAGAAUGGAUGCUCAGAUGACAGGAUUAUGUGCCGUUAGGAGCUCGUGGAGCAUCGCCCCAUCACCCGACAGCGAGCACCGCGAAGAACGAACAAGGCUACUUGAUGUGACUUCUCGACCACAUCAGCAAUUGAAACCUUGAACUGUGUAGGGACGUUUCAAACUCCCAAAUGCUAGAAAAAAAAAUAUACCGCCGUGUGGACAUCCUCCGGCAGCGAGUGUCUGCGUCACUCACGGCUCUCGAUUCAUCAGAGGGUCCUGAGAUGAGGAGAAGAAGAAGAAGGAGAAAGAAGACCGGCGGUGUCCAGAUAUAGACUGGGUUAGCCGGGGGGACCAAGACAUGUUCAGUGCAACCAGCAUCGCUCGUUGCGUGUAGAGUAUCUCAAGAAAGCUUAUGAUUCUGUUACACUCUUUGUAUCUUAACCAUAUAGAGAAUUAAACAUUUUGUACAAUUUUUAAAAAAAGCUAUUUUUCUCAGAUUCCUGAGCGACAAACUGUAUUGUAUAUUACAAUGCCACAGUAUGUGAAGAUAUUGUUUUCUUACAAUGUACUUUAUUGGUGUUUUUAUUAAAACAAGACAAUUAUUUUUGAACAAGA